ACAAUUACAAAGAAUGAUCUGCUUUUGUGAUUCAUUUCAAUUCCGAGAUGGAACGAUCAGUUAUCGAAUUGUGAAACAAACAGCCUGAAUUUAGUCGUACGAAAGCGAACAGUGCACCAUUUUGACAAACACGAAGGAACCUGAAAAUCCACAAAAUCUCCAAAAUUAUUUCACGCGACAUGUUCUAGAGCCGGUUGAUCGUAGAUAUUUGAACGGAAGUAUGCGAAAGAAGAAUCCCAAACGACGCGAGGUCAGACGGGCACGAGACAGAUGCGACGCAAAUUAUUCGUACAUCAUAUCAAAAAAGGCGAAAGAGAUUCUGUCGUCGGUGGUGGCGGACAUCCUCGAGGAGUCAGUGGUCGACGCAAGAAACUUGGCGGUGGUCGCUGGCAAGAGUUGCGUGACCCCCGAAGAAAUGGAAAGGUCGCUGAGGAAUCUCUGUCUGCGUUUGAGCACUGUGUCGGCCUACAACAAUCACAUCGGCACCUGGAACGGCUCCGAAGAGCAGAAUGAUCGCCGUGACGGCGACGCGUCCUCGUCUAAGGUUAGUCGAACGCGGAAUGACAGUCAGUAAAUUGCGCGGCCGCUCGGACACACCCCUUGUCGAUAAACAAAAUAGGCUGUUUCAGAAAGCUACGGCACCUCGACGCGCUGCCACGGGGACCGAAGUCGUAAAAUAAUCACGAUCUAUCGUAAUCUACGUUUCUUGGGGUAAACCUGCUGUGAACAGUUGUCUGUCUUUGCGGCGAAUAAACGUGUCAUAUACGUGAUCAUCGACUUACGUCCAGUCCUUUUCGGUAUUAACAUUAUAGUACAAGUACGUUGAUUCGAAAGCAAUAAAAGUUAUUUUAAUUUCCAUCGCUGCAACUUCAGUUCCCAUUGUUGGAGCAAACGUAUAAAUAAAUUGUAAGAUAAGGAGUUUA